AGUUCAUUUCCUCCCAAAUUAUCCCUCUCACCUCCUGACUCAAGAGUCACUGAACGAGUCGAGUUCGAACUCAGAUUACCCAAAAUGGCAUUCUCAUUGAGGAGUGUGAAAGUACCGCCCAACUCAGCGAGUUUGGAAGAAGCAAGGAGCCGGGUCUUCGAUUUCUUCAGAAAAGCUUGUCGAUCAAUCCCCACUAUUAUGGAUAUCUAUAACCUAGACGACGUCGUCACCAAAUCCGAGCUCCGUUCUUCCAUCUCCUCCGAGAUCCGUAAGAACUCUCAUGUUACUAACCCUAAGGUAAUUGAUUUGCUGCUGUUUAAGGGUAUGGAAGAGCUGAACAACAUUGUUGAACAUGCAAAGCAACGGCACCACAUUAUCGGGCAGUAUGUGCUGGGUCGUCAAGGGCUUGCACAGGAUUUGGACACCAAGGAUGAAGGCACGUCUGAUUUCCUCAAGAAUUUCUAUAAAAGCAACUACUUUUAAACAUUCCGCUUUCAUGGACAGCUUCUAGAGUUUUGCUUUCGAGCUUUUGACUUCCUUCAUAAUAAUGUUCCUAUCCGUGCCUAUUGGUUCGGUAAUUCCAUCGAAUUUAUUUCGUGUUGGUUUUCAUUAUUUUGGUGAAAUGCGUGCGUGAAUUCUGGUGAA